AUGGAGGAUGGUUUUUGGAACUCCCAAACGUCUUCUGAGAAGCAAGACGCAUUGUGGGACUUGUUUUUUGAGUGGGACGCUCAAGGAGAUGGACCAGUUCUAUCUGUUGGUCAUCUAGAACCGUUUGACAGUCAUCCUCCGCUUUUUAUGAGCUGGUCGAGCUGGUUUAAUCGACUAUCGCUGCUCACUAUAUCAGUGACUUGA